CCAGCCAGCAUCAUGACCACGAUUGCAGCGCCGUCGCCGUCGAUCGCGUUCGCGCCGCUGCUGGCCGCGCCGCCGGCCUCGCCCGACACACGCGUCCGGACGUCCAUUGGCACCAAGGCCGCGGGCUACGCCGGCAAGUAUGUCCAGUACCACGUGAUGCUCGUCUGCCCCGUCACGCGCCGCCGCUGGAGCGUCACGAAACGCUACUCGGCCAUGCUCGCCUUCCGCAAUGCGCUGCAGAAGCUCUAUGCGUCGUAUGCGCGCAGCGACGACCCGCUCGUCCAGCAGCUCGCCAGUCUUCUCGAGACGCCCUUUCCGCCAAAGCGGCUCGACCCGGAGGCCGGCUGGGUCAUUGACGAGCGCUGCGUCGCGUUCCGCACCUUUUGCGACAAGGUCCUCGACACAAAGGCGCAUCUCUUCCAGCUCGCGUCCGCGCUGCCGCCGGUCUGGGCCACGUACAUUGCGCUCGUGCAGACGUUCCUGGAAGUGCCCCAAGCGAUGCUCUCGAUGGCUUUUCAGUCGCGCAGUAGUUUACCCAGCGAGACCGAGUGCAGCAUCUGCCUCGUGCCAUUUUCCCGCGACGACUUUCAUUUGCCUGGCGUCGUCGUCGAAACGCAGUGCACGCAUGUGUUUCAUCAAGGCUGCAUCGCCGAGUGGAUCGAGACGGCCGCGACGUGCCCCAUCUGCCGCCACCACAUCGAGUCGAUCGUUGGUCUCUUCUUGCCGUCCUCUGCCACGUCCGUGUCGGUCUAGCACCCGCGCAUGCAACAUGUACUAUAAUAUUUGUCUUGCUAAUUAUUUGAUGUUUC